CUCGCCGCCGCCCUUGAAUGUGACGGACCAGCACCUGCAUACCUACAAUUCAUCAAACCAAACAUGGCGCUUUCAGGAAGGGACUCUCUGCUACGAUGCUGCCGCAGUGCAUUCAACCAAGCGUCUAAAGAUGCGCGUAUAUUUUACCCACGCCGUCAACUAUCACUCUCUGCUCGACCAUCGCAGCUGUCGCCACGAGCAACACCAGUUCCUCGCUUUGCGCCCUUCUCCGGAAAGGACGUCUUGCCGCCACAGAGCAGUCGAGCAUUCAGCGCAUCGAGCCGGCAGGCAGUGAAAGCUAUCAUCAACCCGCGAAAGAACGAAAAUGGCGAGGACAUGAUGAUUGACAUCCUGCCUCGCGCUGUCAAUCGCCUUCACAACAUCUCGAUGAAAGAAAACAACCCUUCGCUCUGCCUACGCGUAGCAGUAGAAUCAGGUGGCUGCCACGGCUUCCAAUACCUCAUGUCGACAACAACACUAGAGGAGAUAUCGCAAGAGGAAGAUACUGUGUUCGAAUCGGAAGAUGGCAAGGGUGCAAGGGUCGUUAUUGACGAGCCCAGUCUCGAGCUCCUGAGUGGCAGUAAGAUUGAUUAUACCAUGGAGUUGAUCGGCAGUCAGUUCAAGGUGACGGGCAUACCGGGAGCUACGAGCAGUUGUGGUUGUGGGUCCAGUUUUGAUAUCCAGGCAUGAAGAAGAAUCAAUAACGAAAAGAGGAAACCAAUGUUUCAGACGGCAGCAAAUGCCAUCGACCAACAGCGUAUCGCGUACAGACUUGCCGUAUUGUCGGCGCCAGAAGCACCAUUCAAUGUAUGCCUGGAUGAGCAGAGAUCGAGUGGCAUCAGUAUUGAGUGAUACAAG